CUGUGGCUCCUCGCGAAACGUAAAUCGAGUUACCUGAGCAGCAGUAAUGCCAGUAAUGCAAUAUCCCCCCGGGCUUUCACCACACUUGACGGAGGGCCAAGAAUCCAUGCUUUCAUUCGCGACAGCCAGAGCUGAAUUUUGGCUACGCCUAAAGGCUAACGAAAAAUAGGGAAAAGGCAACACAUGGCGAUGUUGUUGAUACAGCCGACAGAAGAGAUGUCGAAGCAGAUCCGGGUCGAAUUGAACGAAGACCCGACGACGCGCCAAAGGGAUUUAAAGCUGAUUAAAGAGUGGCUGGCUAAGCAGCCUCACUUACCUGUCUUCGAUGAUGACUUGAGGCUAAUGACAUUUUUGCGUGGCUGCAAAUUCUCACUUGAGAAGUGUAAAAGAAAGCUGGACAUGUACUUCACCAUGCGUUCAAUUGUACCUGAGUUUUUUUCCCAAAGAGAUAUCACCAGGGCGGAAAUGAGGGAGAUCACGAGUGUUGUUCAAAUUCCCCCGCUACCAGGAUUGACCAAAAAUGGCCGUCGCGUUAUCCUGAUGAGAGGAAUCGACAAGGACAUCCCAACGCCCAACGUAGCCGAGGCGAUGAAAAUGGUACUCAUGAUCGGCGACGUUCGUCUCGCGGAAGAACUCUUCGGGGUUGCCGGUGACGUCUACAUUUUGGACGCUUCCGUCGCGACGCCUACGCACUUUGCAAAAUUCACACCUACAAUUGUGAAAAAAUUCCUUAUAUGCGUGCAGGAAGCUUAUCCUGUAAAGCUGAAGGAAGUUCACGUGGUUAACGUUAGUCCAUUGGUAGACACGAUAAUAAAUUUUGUCAAACCAUUCCUAAAGGAGAAAAUCCGGAACAGGAUAUUCGUCCACAGCACUUUUGAAACCCUCUACGAACACGUGCCCAAAGAAAUUCUACCCUUAGAGUACGGAGGCGACGCAGGACCCAUUCAGGCCAUCCACGAUGCUUGGAUCAAGAAGCUGGAAGAUUAUGGACCAUGGUUCGCUGCCCAGGAAACCAUCAAGACAAACGAGGCUCUUCGCCCCGGUAAACCAAAAACACAGGAUGACCUCUUCGGGUUGGACGGCUCAUUCCGCCAACUCGUCAUCGACUAGUGUCCCUCCUAACUUCUCUUUCAACUCCCACUAAUCUAUCCAUUUCACGAAUCCUCGCCACUUCUCUGUUUUUUUUUUUUUUGCUAAUAAAACUUUUAAGAAGCUAAUUUUUGAUACGCGUCGCUGAGCAAGUGAUCGAAGCACCUUCGCCUGUAUCUUCCUUGUCGCACUUACACAUCACAUGAUAUUGGAGUCUGGUGUAACUAUUUCUACAACUUUGUACAAACACAUAUUUUCCAUAAAAAUAUAUAUUUAUACACAUGUGUAUAUAUAUCCUA